AUGGAGACGAAAACAUUGAAUUCGGAAUUUGUAAAAAUUCGUCCAAAAAACGGAUAUUUAAGUGCCAAGGAGCUAAUAGCUCAUCGCCACUCGGAGUUUGAACCUCAAAGUGGAGGAUUAAAACGAACCCAAAAUGAAGGCACUGCAUCGGAACUUGAAGAGCUCAGACGAGCGCAGGAACAAUUGCGAGCUCAAUUGUCAGUGCCCCGGAUAGAAAGACUUGGAGGAAGGGCCCUUGCCAUCUGGAAUGAAGAGCAACAAGUGGCUGAAGUCCUGCGCAAAGAUGGUAAAUUCGAAAACUUUGGAUACAGUGAGCAGGGAAGGCUCUACCUAGAAUACUACGAGGCUAUGUUUUUAUUGGAACUGGGGCGUCUACAAUUGGAGUACUACGUUUCAGUGGUUUCAAUAGAGCAGGCUUAUGUGCUCCUCCUCGGCGAGAAGGAAAGCGAGAAGUAUUCCAACUACCUGGUUUAUUCGGCUUUAUCUCGUGCUGGCUAUAUAGUUGUCAGGCAUAAACCUCCUGAACAAAUUCCGGAGCAAGUAACUAGUGCAGAUUGCAUUUGGGCCCUGCUGAAGGAGAAAGUGGGAAAUCAACCAGUACCAGAGCACAUUAAAACAUCAUCUUUGUACGCCGAUGUAGAAAAACGAAUGGAAGAUUUCAAGGAACUCAUUACAUCUCAAAAGAAAGAAGACCCUAAGAUCACCGAAGAUUCCAUCGAUCUAAAAUUUAACUCAAAAAAACGCAAGGCGAUUGAACAACCUAUCGAAGAACCGGUCAGUAAAAAAGAAAAGCUUUCCAUAAUGGGUCGCAGUCUGGUGGAUCACCUGAAAACCGAAUCAUCGUAUGCGAAAUUUGAAGAGGUCUUUGAAAAGUUCGAUAUUGUACAACUUAAAACCAAAGAUUAUACCAAAGAAAAAGAUACAGCUUUGAAAAUAACCUUUGAUCUGCAUCUGCACAACGAGGGCUUCAAAAAGAGUUCCCCAAAAGCUCCAAACUUCAAUGUAAUCAUCCUCCCUUCGCAGUCGGCGUUUCCCACCCACGUCGAGAUCGCCCAGAUUCAAAAUCAUCACACCGCACCAUUGCUCGUCAUAUCCGUUAGCGAAUCCAAACAGAUACAGGCCUUUCUGUACUAUAUUAGUUGAUGAUUGCCCAUACUGCGGAUGUGCCACCUCAAUAAAUUGUACGUGUUAAUAUAUCUAAAGCUCCACAAAAUGUA